AUGGCCGACAACAGCACAACGACGGAGGGCGCUUCUACCGGGUUCACCUUCUAUCACUAUGACCCGUCCAUGGUGGCGGCGACCGUCUUCAUCAUCGUGUUCGGAGUCUCGGGCAUACUGCAUAUCUGGCAACUGUGCCGGCGCCGGACGUGGUACUUUAUUCCCUUCGUCAUCGGUUGCGUUUUCGAAGCAGUUGGUUACGUAGGCCGAGCCAUGUCGGCAACAGAAGCACCCGAUUACACCAAGAACCCCUACAUCAUCCAGUCGAUCCUCCUGCUGCUCGGACCGGCGCUGUUCGCCGCGUCCAUCUACAUGGUGCUGGGCCGGUUGAUCAACCUCCUCGACGCCGGCCACCACUCGUUGAUCAGACCGAAAUGGCUGACCAAGGUCUUUGUGCUUGGCGACGUCCUGUCCUUCUUCGCCCAGAGCGGAGGUGGCGGCAUGCUCGCAACGGCCAAGGACCGCGACUCAGUCAAGAAGGGCGAGAACAUCAUCGUCGGCGGCCUCGGCAUCCAGAUCCUGUUCUUCGGCUUCUUCAUGAUCGUCACCCUCGUCUUCCACAUCCGCCUCGCCCGCAACCCGACGCCCAAGACCCACACGGUCCAGACGCCCUGGAAGGGCCUCCUCUGGGUCCUGUACGGCAGCAGUCUGCUGAUCAUGGUCCGCUCGCUGUUCCGCGUCGCCGAGUACGUCGAGGGCAAGGAGGGCGAGCUGCAGUCCAAGGAGAUGUACAUCUACAUCUUCGACGCGCUGCUGAUGGGCAUCACGGCCUUGCUCUUCAACUGGUUCCACCCGAGCCGCGUCAUCAACGCCGAGGCGACCGGCCUGAAGCAGGUGACGAGCUCCGAGGUGCUCAACGAGGGAUACCUGAUGGAGAGCGGACAGUACCGCAACCCGCACCAGCAAUACCCGCCGCAGCACCAGCAGCACCAGCAUUACCCCCAGAACGAGCGGUACGAGCCUUACCAGGGAGCCGGCGGCCAGCAGGGCUUUCGCGGGUGA